AUGAACUGGAAGAGUUUCCUCCUCGUCAUAGCUUCCUCAAGUGCUGUCAGUGGGAAUGAAAGGGGCCGGUUUAAGCAACAAAGAGUCCCCGAUCUGGAUAAUCAUGACAAGGAAGUUGCGGACUUCUUGGAUCUACCUCCACCGCCAACACGGGUCGAAAUCGUGUCCACAGUUCCUGAGGCCAAUUCUGCUGUAAUUCGUUCCAGUGUUGCAACGCAGGCAUCUUUAUUUUCUUCCAUCGGUGCGUACGCCCUCCGGCCCUCCCCCCUCCCUCACCUGGUGCUAUCACCAACUCUCUUCACGUCCAACCAACCGCCCGCACCCGGAUUGUUUCUCACACUUGGGUACACUGGUUUUGAGUACGAUGGGCUUGUGAAUCUAAUUAUUCCGCUAAACGCAUCAUUCAAUGCCGCUGUCGGGCCCAGCCACAGUAAUUCUCUCUACUUUCCACCAACUGACCUCUUCCUCACUUACCACAACAGCAGCCUCCUCUACGAUCCUCCU